CUUUUUUCACCUUUUGCAUUGUUGUGGCAUGCAUGUAGGUUACACUUCAGUGUUUCAGAGCUGACAGGCUGUUCAGAAAGCACAUAAUUCUCCGAGAGGGUUUUUGAGAAGACGCAAUGGGCGCUUGGAAAAAUGUGACGUCUAUGGGGAUGUGGAAACAGAUGCUCGGCUUUGUGGGAGAGUUUAGUAAAGCCCCAGAGAGAGGGAGAGAAAUAAAGAGAGAUAGAGAAGGAAAUGUAGAAAGGGAGAGGGGAGUGUCUGUUCAGAAAACUUCCUGUGAAGAGCUGCCGACAGUCAGUGCUGAUAUAGAGAGGGAAGAAAGGAGGAAAGAAAGCUGGCGACAUCACAAGGUCCUACAGGUGAAACUGAAGUGCAUCAUUUACAUCAAGUUGAAGCCACACCAUCAGCAUGGGAAAGCAGAACAGCAAGCUCCGUCCCGAGGUGAUACAGGACCUGUUGGAGAACACAGACUUCACUGAGCAUGAGAUCCAGGAGUGGUACAAGGGCUUCCUGCGGGACUGUCCCAGCGGCGCGCUCAGCAUGGAGGAAUUCAAGAAGAUCUAUGGCAACUUCUUCCCCUAUGGAGACGCGUCAAAGUUUGCGGAGCACGUCUUCCGAACCUUCGACGCCAACGGAGACGGAACAAUAGAUUUCAGAGAGUUCAUCAUCGCCCUGAGCGUCACGUCACGCGGCCGUCUGGAUCAGAAGCUGAAGUGGGCCUUCAGUAUGUACGAUCUGGACGGCAACGGAUACAUAAGCAAGGCGGAGAUGCUGGAGAUCGUACAGGCCAUCUAUAAGAUGGUUUCUUCAGUGAUGAAGAUGCCAGAGGACGAGUCCACACCUGAGAAACGCACGGAUAAGAUCUUCCGCCAGAUGGACACAAAUCGUGAUGGUAAGCUGUCACUUGAAGAGUUUGUAGAGGGCGCAAAGAACGACCCAUCGAUCGUGCGACUGUUGCAGUGUGACCCCAGCAGUGCGGGACAGUGAAUCAGCAGCGUCUCGCUUCUGUCAUAACCUCUCUUACGCAAGUCUUUUCUACUUCAAAUGUCAGCAGAGCAUGGACUCCAAACCACAUCCCGAUCUCAGUGUCUGUGGGUUUCCCACUGAACAGCACGCAUGGAAACAUGUGACCAUUCAUUUCCCACAGACACACACUGGGUGACAGUGAAAACCAGUCAUACAGAGAUCAUACACACUAAGAAGCUUGUGUUCAUGUCUCUCUUUCUCUGGUUUUUCAGUUCCUCAUAUAAGGCUUUUUGCAAUUGAACACAACGGGCAGUGAUGCUAGUGACAUUUGACUGUAGGGUACUGAGAUAAAUCCCUUCAAAAAGGGCUUUAGAUAUUAACAGGGAGUUAAUGCAAACUUUUCCAAGCAUGCAAAAUGCACCAGAUAAUGUAACACUUUGUCAAACUUUCUAAACACCAAAAUAUAGUUUAUUUAAUAAUUAUUUUUAAGAAUUUAAUAAAUUAAAUAAUUUUACACUUACAAUGAAAAAUGUCAUUUCUAGUGUUCCGAGUAUUUCAGU